AUGGCUGGUGGUCAUGGUCACCACGAAGGACACGGCGAAAAAUUUCAAGCUCCUGACUGGAAGCAGUAUAAAAUUGAUGGGAUAAAAGAAUUAGAAGAAGUUCAAAGAAAGUUAGCCGAAAAAGGCCUGAAAGAUCCGUGGUUGAGAAAUGAGGUGUGGCGCUACCAUCCAUCUAAUCAUCCUGGUGUAGCAAAGAAUAUGAUUAACAAUUUUUUCAAAGGUUUCAAGUGGGCAGCAGCUGCCAUGGUCAUCACUGUGGCUGCAGAUUAUGCAUUAGGAAUAUCAGCUUCCAAAAAAUCCCAUGGUCAUGAUCAUUAA